UUUACUUUUAUACUUGGAAGAGGAUAUAAACAUAAUUCAGGAAGAACUUGGUAUUCUCGGUUAUACUAAUCAAGAAAUAGCAGGAGAAGCCGAUAAAAAUGCGAGAGUGUACCUCCAAAGGUUUGAGAAAUUACACAGCCCCUUAGAAGAUGAUCUAGGUAUCCUAAUAAAGAAAUUCGCUGAUAUGGGGGUAAAGAAAUUUUGGUUUACUGGCGAGGGACUACCAUUAUUUCCGAAUGUUUCUCCUGAGCAAUUACAUGAAGUUUUCGUUAAAAAAUCAGCUAGCACCAAUCAGUGCCCAUGUCUAGAAUCAAAAGUAAAGCAAGAAAAAUUAUCACAGAUAUAUACCAUCCCAUCUUGA